GGAGUAGGCUGUGUUUGAAUAGCACCGUGAAUCUAUUAUAGUUCCGGGUAUUAUUCGGUGGCCCCCGCGAAGAAUGAUAUAAGCUACGGGAUUAAUUUAUUAGACAACUAGCUCAACAUAUUCGUGAUUGCCAUUCCACUCCUACUUCCUACGACCAUGACGAGCAUCUUCCUAUUUUGCACCUCCGAUGUGCCAGCAAGCACAAUCAAUCAAUUCAUGACCGCGUUCUCUCAUGCUAGCGAGGACCCAAAUAUCUUCUGUUUAGUCCGCACCCCAGAUCAGGAAGAGUUCGACGAAUGGGGCACCGAACCACCCGUCCACGACUUCACCACAGGCUUCAGAGAUGCUACGGACACUGAUCUCCGUCUUUACACCCAGAAUCGGAUCGACGAGCUCAAGCAUACAGAUAAAGCGGGUGGAUUAUCUCCCGUAUGGGUGGCCAAGCUCGAUGAGCGGUCCCCACAGGACUCAACCGUGGUCUUACAGUACCGCAAAAAUAGAUCCAGCUGGACACAGGCGCUGGAAGACGCCGAAGAAGAGUUUGGGAUCCCCGACCAGGCGGAUGUCGACGACCAACAUAUCUGGUGGAAGUGGCGAGUGUCGUUUGCGGAUUCGUUCCAGUUAUUCAAUAGUAUGGAUGACGGUCAGCCCGAUAUAAUUCGAUUGUACACUCGACCGGAAUUUUUGGACCCAGAGGGAGUGCUUCAUGUGGAUGUUCCACGUAAGAUCAUCAAGGGGGAAAUUCCGGACCCUAUCACGGAGAGUGUUAGCUGAGGUUCUUGGCUCGGUGUUUGACUGCCUAAUUCGUAUCUCAUCAGUUUGACUUGCCUUUUCACCCGCUCACGAAUUAAAGCCCAC